GUUGUCUAUAAUAACAGCUCCCCAGUCUGGGACGACGCCUUCCGCUUCUUCCUCCAGGACCCGGCCAAUCAGGACAUCGACAUCCAGGUGAAGGACGACACGCGCCAGACCAGCCUGGGCUCGCUCAGCGUCCGCCUGUCCCGCCUGCUGACGGCCGAGGACAUGACGCUGGACCAGUGGUUCCAGCUGGAGAACUCCGGCCCGGGCAGCCGCAUCUACAUGAAGCUCAUCAUGCGGAUCCUGUUCCUGGACGCCCCCGAGGUCUGCCACACACCCCGGCCGUGCGCCCCGGGACAGUCAGACGUGGAGACCAGCACCUUCGCCGGCAGCAGCGUGGACUUGCCGCCGCGGCCCAGCCGCGCCAGCCCCGACGCCCAGUUCGGCACCGAGAGCGUGAUCCGCAUUCACCUGCUGGAAGCUGAGAACCUCAUCGCCAAGGACAACUUUAUGGGCGGCAUGAUCCGGGGCAAGUCAGACCCGUACGCCAAGGUGCGGCUGGGCGGGCACAGCUUCCGCAGCCACGUCGUCAAGGAGGAGCUGAGCCCCCGCUGGAACGAGGUCUACGAGGUCAUUGUGAACGAGGUCCCAGGCCAGGAGGUGGAAUUCGAGAUCUACGACAAAGACAUCGACAAGGACGACUUCCUGGGCAGGUGUAAGAUCGCCCUGAAGCGAGUGCUGAGCAGCCGGUUCAUCGACGAGUGGCUCCCCCUGGAGGACGUGAAAUCCGGCCGCCUCCACGUGAGGCUGGAGUGCCUGACCCCCACCCCCAACGGCGCCGAGCUGGAGCAGGUGCUGAUGAUAAACAGCCUGACCCAGACCCAGCGGAGCGCGGAGCUCUCGUCCGCCCUGCUCUCCGUCUUCCUGGACCGGGCGGCCGACCUGCCGCUCCGGAAGGGCUCCAAGCCCCCCAGCCCCUACGUCAACCUCUCCGUCCGGAACGUCUCCUACAAGAGCAAGACCAUCACCUCCACCUCGGAGCCGGUCUGGGACGAAGGCUUCUCCUUCCUCGUCAAGCGCCCCCACGUGGAGUCCUUGGAGCUGCAGGUGAAGGACGAGGGGGGGCAGGGCCUGGGGGCGCUGAGCCUGCCCCUCACCCAGCUGCUGGCGGCUGAGACGCUGACGCUCGACCGCUGGUUCCCGCUCAGCCGCGCCGGCCCCGGCGGCCAGGUCCUGCUGCGGGUGCAGCUCGGGAUCCUGGUCUCCCAGCACUCGGGGGUGGAGCCCCGCAGCGCCCCAGCAGCUGGUGAGGAGGCCGAGAGCCCCCCGGGGGGGUUGGAGCCGGAGCUCUACGUCAGGGAGGACGGGGACCCCGGGGGUGUCGGGCCCGCCCAGGAGCUGCGUCAGCGCCUCACCCACGCGGACAG